AUGCUAUCAAAUAUCAAAAAUUCCCUAUUAAAAGGCCGAAAUGUUGUGCCUAUGGAGAGAAGAAACAAGGUAAUUGUUUAUUUAUUCAUAUUAUCUGCAACUUCUUUGGAUAAUUUGAAUGUUUCAGGUACUUUAACCUCCAUCUUUUCAAUCACUGAGAGUUUUGAUUCUACUACCACUACUGUGUCUUGGGUCUUUGCGUCAUAUGCUUUGACUCUUGGUGCAUUCAUCAUUAUUGCAGGCAAAUUAGCUGAUGCAUUGGGUCCUCAUAAUGUUUUUUUGAUUGGUUUGUUCUUUACAAGUAUCUUUGCCUUAAUUUCUGCUGUUAUUGUCAAGGAAAUUAUCGCUUUGAUUGUGUUUAGGGCCUUACAAGGUAUUUUUGCAGCAAGUUUAAUCCCUUCAGCUUUUGCUUUGACAGGUAGCUAUUUUACAGGUGUUGCAUUACAAAGAGCAGUCACUGGAUUGAUUUUAGCAUUGACUGCUAUUUUUGGAGUUGGAUUAAUUUUAGGUGGUGCUUUCUCGAUGUCUAGUAUUGGCUAUAAAGGAUUGUAUUAUUUUACAUUUGCCAUUGGAAUGACACUAUUCAUUGCGUUAUAUUUCUUGAUUAUACCUAUUGAUAUCACAGAAGGUCACAAGAAUUUAAGAAUUAGAGACUUGGAUUUUGGAGGAUCAAUUUUUUUGGUUAUUGGGCUUUUAUUGAUCAUUUUAGGGCUGACCGAAGGUGGUGAAUCAUGGCAUAGGAAAUCCUCUUAUAUUCCAUUAGUUAUUGGAGUUUUAGUUUUUUUCAGUGUUGUUAUUUUUGAAAUGGGAUAUAUCCAGAAUUACAAAGACAAGGUUGAUUCAAGAUUGAAACAAAUUGAAGAAACUAAAGUAAAUGUUGAAGGUAGUGAAAAGAAGGAAGAAACAAAGCAAAUUACAACAGAGGUAAAAGGAUCCAACGAUUGGAGAUAUACUAUUCAACUUUUAUUUCCACGAGAAGUUAUCACCAUUCCAAAUUUUUUCCAAUAUUUGGUUUCCACUUUUUUGUUCUAUAUUGACUUUAUUGCAAUAAUGAGUACUAUGAUUCAAUAUAACCUAUAUAUCACCUUAGAUCCUCCAAUUCUUGCUGCUGUAAAGGUUUUGCCAGUUCCUUUGGGGUUAACCGUUGGUGCUCUCUUAUAUAAAGAAAAAACAGCUCAAAGAAUUGGGACAAAGUUUGUUAUUAUGGCAUCUCCAAUUCUUUUAUUAACAAUGACUGUAUGGUUAUCAAGAGUUGAUUUCAGGAAAAGUCAUAAUUUUUGGAAGUAUCAAUGUUUUAGUGAAUUGAUCUUUGGAUUCGGUAUCAACUUGUAUUUCCAAGUCUAUUGGAAUGAUAUUUUGACAGGAACACCUGUUCAUUUACAAGGUGUUGUUUCAGGGAUUUUACAAACAGCUGGUCAAAUAGGUAUUUGUUUUGGUAAUACUAUUAUUGCUGCCUUGGUGGGAGAUUUGACACUCAAUCAUGAUUAUGAUUCAAGAGUUGAACUACACGAAAGAUUCAAAAAGAAUUUCUACUUAGCUUUUGCGGCUUCAGGUUGUCUUUGUCUAGCUUUGGUUACAAUUAAAGGUAAAAAGACUGAGAACAAAGAAGCUGCUGAUGUUGAAAACUCCUCAGCUACAAACCAAAGUUCAGCAUGA